AUGUUUUUCCACGGCCCCAGCGUGGCCUCAGCUGCGACCUGGCUGCAGGUCCUCGCGGCAUCCCUGCCUCUUGUCAGCGCGGCGACUAUCCCACCUGCUCGACCGAGCUGCAGGUACAUGCCGGGGGAUGCCCUCUGGCCUGCCGCUGCAGAGUGGCGAGCACUGAACCAAUCAGUCGGCGGCCGGUUGAUUGCUGGACAGCCCCUCGCGCAGUUGUGCUACGGGAGCAACCGCGAUGAGGCGGCCUGCGAGGGGCUCCGCAACCAGUGGACGAAGGAAGAGACGUACUUCCCGGAUCCGGUCAACGUCAUGUCGCCCUACUUCCAAAACAACUCGUGCACGCCCUUUGCCGAGGACGAGGGCGUGUUCGAGUCAACCGCGGCGUGCCAGAUGGGCAAUGUGCCCGUCUACGCCAUCAACGUCCGCGGCGCCGGGGACGUGAAGGCCGGGUUCCGGUUCGCGCGCGACAAGAACGUGCGGCUGGUGGUCAAGAACACGGGGCACGACUACCUCGGCCGCUCCAACGGGCAGGGGUCCCUGUCGCUGUGGACGCACAACCUCAAGGACAUGACCUUCCUGGACUACGCCAGCGACCGGUACACGGGCCCGGCCGUCAAGAUCGGGGCCGGCGUGCAGGCCUUCGAGAUCUACAAGGCGGCCACCGAGCGGGGCCUGCGCUUCGUCGGCGGCCUGUGCCCGACGGUGGGCGUCGCGGGCGGGUACGUGGGCGGCGGCGGCCACGGGCCCACCAUGGGCGCGUACGGCCUCGCGGCGGACAACACGCUCGAGUUCGAGGUGGUGACGCCGCGCGGCGAGCACCUGGUGGCGACGCCCACCAAGAACGCCGACCUGUUCUGGGCGCUCAACGGCGGCGGCGCGGGCACCUACGCCGUCGUCAUCUCGCAGACCACGCGCCUGCACGCCGACGGGCCCGUGGCCGGCGCGCACGUCAGGGUCAACAGCACCGGCGGCGGCGGCGGCGACGACGACGACGCCUUCUGGUCGGCCGUCACCGAGUGGCAGCACGCGCUGUCCACGCUCGACGCCGUCCCGCGCCUGACGACGCUGUGGUCGCUGAGCAGCACCUCGCUCGAGAUCAUGCUCACGCUGCUCGACGGCGACGACGCCGCCAGCGCGGGCGCGCUCGUCGCGCCCUUCCUCGCCACCCUGACGGACCUCGGCCUACCCUUCACCAACACCACGAGCCUGAACCCCAACUUCUACGGCCACCUCAACACCUACGUGGCCGGGCUCCCCUACGGCACGCACCCGACCAACGACCUCGUUGGCGGCAGACUAAUCCCGCGCGAGGCGGUGGCGCGGUCGGCAUCAAACCUGACGGCCGGGUUCCGCAGCAUCACGACGCAGGCGUCGACGGCGGCGUGGGUGGUCAACGGCGUGGCGGGCAACGUCUCGCAGGCGCGCGUGGCGGGCGGGGUGGGCGGGACGCCCGCGCCCACGGCGGUGCACCCCGCCUGGCGCGACGCGCUCUUCUUUGUGAAUAUCGACGUCUACUGGGACCCGGCGUCGCCCAUGGCGGACCUGCGCGCGCUCGAGCGCCAGAUGGUCGCCAGCCAGGAGCUGCUGCGCGGGCUGACCCCCGGCAGCGGCGGGUACAUGAACGAGGGCGCCUUCGGGUCGCCGCACUGGCGCGAGGAGUACUACGGCCCCAACUACGAGCGCCUGCUUGGGGUUAAGCGCAGGCAUGAUCCCGAUGCUGCGCUGUACGGGCUCGCGUCCGUCGGGAGCGACCGGUGGGUGCCCCAGGCCGAUGGUAGGCUAUGCCGCAAGUAGUCUGGACUCUGGACUCUGGAGGGGGGCGCGUGUAAGAUGUGAAUAUGUAGAAGAGACGGCGGUUGGUGUCAUGUAUUCGUAUCUAUAGACUUUCCUUGCUCGCGCACGGGGCGGCAUUUGUUGUCCC